ACAGUUGACAGGCUCAGACCUUGAGGGGAAGGGAAGAGAAGGAAGCGACAGAUAGAAAGCGGUGGUUCAGGUGCUGGCGUUCCUCUCAAACGUCGACAUGGAAAACGACGACGUCGACAUGCAGCCAGCUGAGGCCAACGAAGCGGAAUUGGAUGACAUGAAGAAGCGCUUGAAGGAGAUGGAAGAUGAAGCUGCCGCUUUGAGAGAGAUGCAAGCCAAGGUCGAGAAGGAGAUGGGAUCUGUGCAAGAUCCCACUACUGCUUCUGCAAGUCAGGCAAAUAGAGAGGAAAUAGAUUCUCGAUCAGUCUUUGUAGGCAAUGUGGACUAUUCAUGUACUCCUGAAGAAGUGCAGCAGCAUUUUCAAUCAUGUGGAACAGUAAACAGAGUCACCAUUCGGACUGAUAAGUUUGGCCAACCCAAGGGUUAUGCUUAUGUAGAGUUCCUUGAGGCCGAGGCUGUUCAGGAGGCCCUUUUACUGAAUGAAUCUGAACUUCAUGGACGACAAUUAAAGGUAACAGCUAAAAGGACUAACAUACCAGGGAUGAAGCAGUAUCGUCCCCGCCGGUCCAAUCCUUACAUGGGGUUUCGAGGCAGAGCCCCAUAUGCACCUCCUUUUGUCUAUUCUCCAUAUGGAUAUGGAAAGGUUCCAAGGUUCAGAAUGCCAAUGCGCUACAGCCCCUACUAUUGAUUGUCCAACUCUGGUAGGAUGGACAGAAUGGCGCCUUUCUCCUCACUAGUAGUAUCAUGGUCGGAGUAUUGGCCAUUUAAUGAGGAAUAUUCAACCACCCGAACGGUUGUGGUUGGUUCUGUGAGGAUUAAGCAUUGACUUAACAUCAAACCAUGUAAAAUUGUGGUGUUUGCACCUGCUUUGCUUUAGUAUCGGCAUAUUAAAUUAAGUUCUUGUAAAAGUAUCCUUUGCAAGUGUGGUUAAUGCAUGGGUUUUGGGUGUAUUAUUUUAUUUAUUCUUCUUGCAUUGUAAUUAAUAUCCUUUAAUUCUGUAUGAACAGCCGGGCGAGCAUUACUCAUAAGGCUGCCUGUCUUUCUCCUGUCAAAACUCAAACCUACGGUAAUCCUUUUACUUUUGGGUAAAACCUGUGCAAAGUGUGUCAAAAAAUCACAUUAUUUUACUUCAACAUCUCACACUCACAUUGCCAGUAUCUAGGUAAUCACAAGAAAGAUGAUUCUAACGUGUUUAUGCCUGAAAGCGAUGGCAUGUAUGUGUGAUGUAAUUUUCCUAUAAAUAAUUAAUUGACACGUAAGAUGUCUAAGUUUCUU